AUGUCUCUCGCUGAACCUGGAGAGCCUUUCGAAUCUUUCGUUACAGCAAACUCCCGUCCUGCACUUGGAUACUAUGUCUCUGCCUCUGGAUCAGAAGAGGAGGAAGGUACAGAGUAUGUCGCAACACCAAGAUAUCCACAAUAUGAGUCGGAUUUGGAUGAACAAAAUAUGGAAAAUCAUCAUAUGGAAGGAUUGACUCGUCCGAAUGUUAAUCCUCGCUUUGAUGACGAUGAAGAAAUGGAGGAUUGUUACUCACAUUCAGAUUCUGAAAAUCUAACCCGUCAAUAUAUGGAAGAAAGACAGAAUUUCCCUCGUCAAUUACCACCAAUGCAAUUAUCUCCUCGUAGUCCAUCAACCUCCUCUAUUUCAGCUGCUACUAUUUCUUCUUCACCUUCCCCCACUCAAAUUACCAAUGCUCCUUUCCGACUUUACUCAUCAUCAAAUUCUCCAAGAGAUUUUAUUUCGCUGCAAUCCAAUAGAGAAUCACCUAUAUCAUUGCCUCCAAUAUCAGAUUCUCCCUUUAUACCAGAUGGUUAUACCACUAAUCAAUCUGUCUCUUCAAUGCUGCGAUAUCCCCCGAUGAAUCACAAUUCAAAUCAUCUCAGUUAUCCUCCAACCCAAAAUAAUACAUCUAGUUUCUCAUCAUCAUCAACCACCACAGCAACAGGGUCGUCUUCAACGACAUCUAACAAUAAUACUAACGAACAACCAAAACAAAGCCCAUUAAGGUUUGGCUACCCUGAUUCGCAAGAUGAUGACGAAGAAGAAGAAUUAUCAUCAUCAUCUACAACUCCAUAUGAUUCGUCAUCGAGAAAACGAGUGAGAACAAGAUCAAAUGAUUGGGCUAAUAACGGCACGAGUAAUAGAAAUUCAUCACAGAUUUAUCAUCAGUCGCAUCAUACAUUGCAAUUUGGUAGUUUUGCCCCUCGUGAUCUCCAUCAUAGUAGUAAUGGCAAUAGGAGUUCAUCAUCUAUUGUUUCUUCUCAAUCAUCAACUCAAGUACCUGCAUCCGUUCCUUCUCAAGCUGUGUUGCUUCCUUCUAACCUACAAAGACCGCCACUGCGACAUUAUAUAGAUCUCACAUCACAAGAAUCUUCACCAUCUGUGCCUUCAUUUAAUGCUAGUUAUUCAUCGUCGUCAACCUCACGUAACACAAGCUUUGUGCCAUCUUUCCCAUUGGGAGCGACCCCAUCACAGUCAAGUACAGUGUCAAAUCCAACAUCAAAUACGACAAAUGCAUCAAAUACCAUGUCAACUUCCACAUCUUCAGCAUCCGCAUCUUCAUUUCCUUCAUCGCUUCCUCCUUUGCAACGCAUGACUCCCCGUUCUUCGGCUCCCUUCACUGCCUAUAGAACACGCCAGCCAUAUAAUAAUCUUUCAGGAUAUACAAGUAGCUUUAUCCAAAACAAUGCAGAAUUUUAUGGCGGAUCUGAAACACAACAAGAGCGUAAUCAAACGACUGGCAAUGUUCCUCGAUUGCGAUCUACCCCAAGGUGGACUCCAAGGAACAACGAAUUACCAAGAGUGGAUCGAGAAACUUUGAUGCGAGCAAUGAAUGCCACUGUUCAGAGACGUCUGAAUCGUACUUCGAAUAAUGGCAAUAAUAAUCAUCAAUCUUCGUAUAGCAUUGGUUCACUGCAAGAUAGUACCCUUCGAGACUUUUUAAGUGAUGAAGAACAUGAUGUUCCAAUUGAUGUGCCCGAUAGUCCUGAACCCGACACCACCAAUAAUCUCUCAGAUCCACAAUGGGGACGACCUGUAAGACGAAUGACACAAGAGUUUGCGCGUGAACGACAUUCCUCAAAUUUCAUUAGAUCCCAAGCAAUAGCUGCUGUUGCGGCCGCAGCUGUCAAUGAAGCAACGGCAGAGGGUGCAAAUACAACCUCAUCAAGACCUCAUCAUUCCGGUGACCGUGGUUCAUUUACAGACGCUGAAUUAGCACGAAGAAUGCAAGCUCAAGAGUAUAGUGUGAUGCAGAGUCAAAAUAUCAUCGAUAACAUGAAUUCAUUGGCGAGAAUAAUCGGAGAGAAUGGACCUGGUCCUAGGUCUUCAGUGUCUUCUCGGCAUUCAUCAAGAAGAGAAUCAAGCUCCACUACAUCAUCAUCUGCACGCAGCAACUCUGCUACGCGAGAACGAAGUUUUCGUUUUCAAUCCAGGCUUGCUGAACUAUUUACCCAUGAUCACCGUCAUCACGAAGAACGAUCAAAUGAAAGGAGUCGCGUGGGGAUACGUAGCAAUCAAUCCAGAGGUACUAGACCUGAGGAUCUGUUGGAUAUGCUUCCUGACGUUAUUGGGAAUGGGAUCAUGUCAAAUCCUGAUAAUUACUUGGAUGACGAUGAUUUCGAUCCAAGCUACGAAAACCUAAUUCGACUUUGUGAAAGAAAUGGUGAUGUAAAACCCAAAUGCGCACCAGAAGAUGCUAUAAAUAGUCUGCCCACAAAGCUAUACUCGGGGGGUGGAAAGGGCAAAAAUUAUGAAGAAAGGUGUUCCAUAUGCUUGACCGAAUACGAGGAAAAUGAUAAGCUAAUGAGCUUGCCUUGCUCGCAUGACUUUCAUAAUGAAUGUGUGGUCAAUUGGUUAAAAAAGCACUCAUCAAGCUGUCCAAUUUGCCGACAACAAAUUACAAAAUCAGAAGACUAA